AUGAUUCCAGCCCUACACUGCGGUUUUGGGCGAAGUUUUAUGAAAGGAUCUCAAACUGCGAGAAGUCAUCUUACAAGCCUAUCUCGUCCUUGGAAUUACAAGAUAGAGCCUUCAUUAAAUUGUAAUUGUACGAGAAAAAUAACACGGUCAUAUCAUCGUCAAGAUCCAAGUAAAACAUCACUAUGCAACGAAUACUCUACGAUACGUGGUCCGAAUCAGAAAAUUAUAUCAAUUAGUUUAUUUGGACCAAAAGAGAGUGCAAGAUUUUCGCUUGAUAAAACAAUUGAUUUAUUGAAUGAUCUCAUAUCUGAUAUGUAUACAAUUUAUCCCGAUUGGAUAUUACGCGUUUAUCAUGAUUCUACAAUUGUUUCGUCCAUCGCCUGUUCAAUAGAGUGUAAACAUUACAAUGUUGACUUUUGUAAUGUUAGUUCACUGUUAAAAUAUAAUGAUUUAACUGAAACUAUUCCACCAAAAAUAUGGCGAUUUUUACCAGUUGGUGAUGUAUUUGUGAAAAUAAUAAAUAGUCGAGAUUUAGAUUCACUUCUAACAUAUCGAGAACUCGCCGCUGUUCAACAAUGGUUAUUGACAAAUAAAUCAUUUCAUGCCAUGCGCGAUCAUCCAGAUCAUGAUGUUCCUAUGCUAGCAGGAAUGUGGGGAUUGCGAACUGAUAUCAAUUCAUCAUUUUGUCAAGAAUUUUUAAAUAAAAUACUUUAUGGAAACUUAAC